AUGUAUGUUCAAGGAACAACCGACUCAACUUGGUGUAAGUAUUUCCCUGGUACGCUGAAAGGAGUAGCGUCAAAGUGGUUUGAGAGGCUUCCGGCUGGAACCAUUCGCUCUUUUUCUGAGCUCGAGUUAUUGUUUUCCACUCGGUUCAUGGCUCAUAAAGAAGAAAAGAAGACGAGCAUGCAUUUGAGUCGAAUUCAGCAAGGGAAAGAUAAGUCUCUGAGGAGUUAUGUGAAAAGAUUCAACUUAGAAGCAGGGCAAAUUCCAGAUUUGCCGGAUGGGGUUGCGUUUGAUAAAUUUAUUAGGGGGCUUAAGAAAGUCUCAUUCAAGUUUGACUUGGUAAAGAAAAGUGUGCGAACCAUGGCAGAGGUGUUAGAUGAGGCCGAGGCCUUUAUCCACACAACAGAAAUUUGCAGCGUCCCAAAAGAACCUCGGGGAAGUGAUAUCGCUAAGCCGACAGCUAAGAAUGAAAAAAUUGAGAAGAAGAGUCUGCCUAAUGGGACUUGGGCUAUUGCAAGAGAGUUAGACAGGGCUCCCGGGGCGUCAGGUCAGAAGAGGUCCAGAACUUAUGACCGGGAGAGAUUCGAAUAUAACACAGACAUGUACACAAUCCUGAUGGACGUUGGGUCCAAGUAUGAGAUUGAUCGACCGUUUCUUCUGAAGUUACCGCCAGAGAGUAGGGACCCCAAGCUGUAUUGUCACUUUCAUAGUGAUAUUGGACAUGACACCAAAGAGUGUAAGAGCCUGAAAAGGGCACUGGAUGGCCUAGCCGCUAAGGGAUUCCUAAAGAGUUAUAUAAGUAGAAACACUGGAGGUUCUAAGAAACCGUUCUACAAAAAGAACAAAUCACCUCCCUCGGAAGAGGAUGGAAAUCGUACUAAUCUUGAGUUUGUGGCCGUCAUAUCAGGAGGGUUGGCCGCCGGAGGGCCAACCAUGAGAGGUCAGAAAGAUUAUGCCAAGCGGCUGGGGCAAGUGAUGUUGUCAGGAAAAGCCACAGCCGACCCGUUCCAUAAAGUAGAGAUCGGCGAGGCCGACCGGGGAAAAAUAGCCAUCCCACAUGAUGAUCCACUGGUAAUCGAGUUGAAGGUUGCCAAUCUAAGGGUUAGGCGCAUCCUGGUUGAUACAGGGAGUUCGUGCGAUAUAAUUAGCCUUGAGUGUUUAAACCGACUGCGGCAUGAUUCCUCAAAAAUAGAGAAAAUUCACUAUCCUAUUAUAGGCUUUGGAGGUAGUGUCAUCCACCCGGUCGGCAUCAUUUCUCUCCCUCUGCGGAUGGGAAAUAAGAAAGAAUCUCGUCAAAUGGACGUCCGUUUCCUCAUAGUGAAAGAUCUGACUGCCUAUAAUAUUAUUUUGGAGCGUCCUACUUUGAACAGGGCAAAGGCUGUUAUUGUUAUUCACUUGAUGCUUCUAAAGUUUGUUUGUGAUGAUGGGAGCGUCAGCACCAUACAUGGUGAUCAGCAGCAAGCUAAAGACUGUUAUUUAACCACCUUGAGUCCAGAGGCAUGGGGGUCGGGUGAAGAGAAAGAUGUGUUAGGUAACAAACGAAAGUGCGGCGACACACAAUCCAAAUCCCUGAAAGAAACACUAACUAUAUCAGCGGCGCAUAUGGAUGAACGACGACCAUAG